AUUACAUGGUUUUGUUCCAGUUUCUGAGGCCAAAGGGCAAAACAUUUUACGCUAUGUUAGUUAAUGUGUAACUUCAUGGUUAAAUACAUAAAUGCUGUGUCAUGAUACUGAGUGACAGAAAAAUACAGACCGUUCUUGUGUCAUUUACUGUUUAGUACACAGUGAUCUGCUUUCACUGUACUAUUUCAUUUUUACCUGGGAUUUGCCUCGCUGGGUAUUGGUUGACAUAUCUGGUCAGAAAGAUGGCGGUAAGGCUCUUUGAAGGUAAAGAUCAUGCAGCUUCCUACCUGCGGUACAGAGUCUCACCCCGUGAAUUGAUCACUAGGAUUAUGGACUUCAUGGAAAAACAGACCCCGAAACAGUACAACCUUGCAGUAGAUGUGGGUUGCGGUUCGGGUCAGGGGACGGUCCUUCUGGCUCAGCAUUUCACUAAAGUGGUGGGAACGGAUGUCAGCCCUGCCCAGCUAGAAAUGGCGUCCACCAAUACCAACCCACCAAACGUCUCAUACAGAGAGUGUCCGGCUGAGGAGUUGCCAUUUGCCAAUGGCGAGGUGGACCUUGUGACGGCCAUGACGGCAGCCCAUUGGUUUGAUCGCCAACGUUUCAUCCAGGAGGCGGAUAGGGUACUUCGUCCUGGAGGCUGCCUGGCUCUGCUGAGCUACUCCUUGAACAUGAAGUUGGAGUUUGGGGACGUCUCCGAUACUCUCAAUGACAUCUGUGAAGAGUUUUACGCCGCCCUGCUUCCCUUUCGGAGUUCUUACCUCGGACUGAGCUCUAUGAAGAUCUACUUUGACUUGUUUAACUCCUGCUCCUAUCCCGACAAAGAAUGGAACGAAUGUUUCCCAGUGAGAAGAACCGUGACGCUGGGCGAGUACAUUGGAAUGGUUCAGACCUUUUCCAGUUAUGAGCGACUGAAGCGAAAGGACCCAGCGGAGGCGGAGCGUCUCUCCAAUUACAUACAGAAUAACGCCGGUGACAGGACAGAACAGCCCAGCCAGCAGAAUACAGGAAAAGUGCUGUGCCGUAACUUUUACCUGCAGGAGGAAGUUGCUGUCUGCCAUGACGACCUCGUCUCUGGACACAGAAGUUACAAUGAUUGUUCAUUAUUUUUACUGGCUGGCAAGAAAACCGUAACAGAUUUGUUCUGGAAGCACACCUGAACUAUUAUUUUUUGGCUUCUUCUGUUUCAAGAAAUCAAAGUUGAUGUUUGUCGAACAAUCGUCUGUUGAAGUAUGAAACCACGUUAAAAUGUUCCUUUUAUUAAUCGUCAAACGUUACUCGAAUCCUCAAAGAAAUUCUAGUUCGUUCCUGUUAUCCCUUGAUUGACAAGCCAACCCCAACCCCAAAGAAUUAGCACAACUGGACACUAGGGCUGCCACGAUUAGUCAAUAAAUCAACUAUUAAAAUAUCCAACGACUAAUUUAAUAGUCGAUUACUGUAUUUUCUGGAGUAUAAUUCACACCGAGUACAUGUCACAAGGGCAAAAAAUGUCAAAUCAAGAGGAAAAAAACCAUAUACAAGUUGCUCUGGAGCAUAAGUCCAAGAAAAGUCUAACGUUUCAGAACAAAUCCACCAAGCCCAGCAGCUUGUUCUGCUAAUCGUUUGAUAUGUAUAAAAAAAUAAUCAAAGUUUAAGAGGAAAACAAUCAGAUUCUCAUCCAUGUUUGUUUUGGACAACACUUCUUCUUCUUCUGCUGUUUUAGUAGCAAAUACUAGCGGUUGUUACAGGAAACAAAGGACAACUGGUGUUUACUGGGAAAGUAACAAAUAUAUGAGGCUAUUUAUGUCUAAAACAAACACUAACAAUUUGAACCUGAGUAUAAGCUGCACUAAGUUGGCUAAACUAUGAAAAAAAAAACGCGACUUAUACUCUGUAAAAUACGGUAGUCGUUACUUUAUAUUUUAUGGAGUCAGAGUGUAGUAAAGUUGAACAAAGUUGUGAGAGUUCAGCUCAAUAAAAAUAAUUUUUGUUAUUUUUAAGCCAGCAAAACUAAAACUUUAUCUUUCAUGAAAAAUAGUUCUGUUGUUUAAGAUUUAAUACCAGAACCAAAUGAAGGAAAGAAGCUGCAUGUUUCAUUUAAAGUUUAAUAAAUUGUCAUCUUAAUCAUCUUUAUUUUUAGUUAGUUUAAGCUAAAUAUGUUUCACAUCCUGUUUAUGCAUGACCUGAUUUAUCGACUCAUUGGAAUAAAAAAAUUGGUGAUUAGUUGACUUAAAAUAAUCGUUUGUGGCCAUUGGACACACAACCAAGACAAUUUUUUUUAUUUAUUUAAAUUUCUGCUGCUUAUUGUCUUUGGGGCAAUAAUACAAUCAAUAUUUUUAAUAAUAUGCUUUCUAAAUACCUAUUGUUGUUUAAUUGGUAAUUAAAGGGUUAAUGCAGUGUUGCAAUUUAGAGGCUUAAUAUAUAAGUAAAACCUCAUGACUUUUCAGUUUAUUAUUUGCAUUGUUAACUUUGAGAAGCUUGUUGAGUUAGUGCUAAUUUAAAUUUAAACUUGAAAAAACACAAUAUUUAAGAAGGGGAAG